GUCAGUGAUGUUUUCAUUCAUGUGGCCGCAAAAGGAGUAUAAAACAGAAUUCCGCAUAAGCAGUUAGGCAUCCAACGUUACAAUUCAGUUUUUUCUUGUUUUGCAGUAGCAGCUAAGUUCUCCAGUAUAUUUCGUUCGAUCUCCAGUAUAUAUUUCCAGUUCUCCAAUAUUUUUAACGGUACGAUGGCGAUCAGGUUUAUUGCAGUCCUCCUCGUGUCGAUAGCUGUGGGGUACGCCGCCGCCGAUCUAAUGGAGCAGCCAGACCAAGCUCUUACACAGGAAAUAACAAAACUGUCGAGCGCUCUACAACUGGCAUCGGCCAGCGUCUCUCCUCAGCGAAUAAAACGCGAUGUGACCGCCGCCGAUUUGACCAUAAUGUGCCGCGAGCAGAUCACAAACCUGUAUGAGCUGUGGCUCCUGUGUAAGGCCACCUAUGAGAAAACCGGAUCUCGGCAUUCCCAAUGUCUGGAUGUGGACAACAGCGCCAGGACGAUUUUCACCACGUGUCUGAGCUUCACCAGCGGAAACGAUCGCAGUAACCUGAUGGACAUUUAUAGCAAGUACAUUACGAGUCGCUAUACAUCCUAAUUUGCGCAUGCCAUUGUCGUUCUCACAUUCUCACGACGUCGGUCUUGCUGGUAGCUGGUGUAAAUGUGUUGCAAUAAGUAUGUUUUUUUAUAUAGCACUCCUAAGCAAUGCAAAAUGUUCAUUGGUUGUUUUGUGCUACGUUGCUUUGAUAGUAAAAUCAGUUGGCAAUAAUGAAAUGUAAUAAAUUAAUUUU